AUGGCAGAUCAAGAAGUGCAAAGAGCAAGCACCUACGCACCCGUUAACAUCGCCGUCAUCAAGUAUUGGGGCAAGCGUGACACGAAAUUAAACCUCCCCACCAAUUCCUCCCUCAGCGUCACAUUAUCGCAAGACGACCUGCGAACACAUACCACAGCGACCUGCUCGUCCUCAUACAAGAGCGACACACUUACACUCAACGGCUCGGAUCAGGACAUCGCCGGCGCGAGAACACAAGCAUGUCUCCGAGAACUACGGGCUCUACGGAAAGAGAUCGAGGCGAAGGAUAGUCAUGUGCCGAAGCUGAGCGAGAUGGCGCUGAAGAUUGUGAGCGAGAACAACUUCCCUACCGCUGCUGGGUUGGCAAGCAGUGCGGCCGGCUUCGCUGCCCUUGUGAGAGCCAUCGCCAAUCUAUACCAACUUCCUGCCACCCCAACCGUACUCUCACGUAUCGCACGUCAAGGCUCGGGAUCAGCCUGUCGAUCCCUCUUCGGCGGCUAUGUCGGCUGGAACCAGGGCGAGCUGGAUGAUGGUAGCGACUCUGUUGCUUACGAGGUCGCUCCCGCCUCGCAUUGGCCAGGUAUGAGAGCUCUGAUUCUGGUUGCUAGUGCGGAGAAGAAGGAUGUGAGCAGUACGGCAGGCAUGCAACAGACCGUCGCCUCUUCAGCACUGUUUCAGCAUCGAGCGGAGAAUGUGGUGCCCAAACGGAUGGAGGCCAUGGAGGCUGCCAUCAAGGACCGCAACUUCGAGGCUUUCGCCGCUUUGACAACAAAGGACAGUAACAACUUCCACGCCACAUGUCUCGAUACCGACCCGCCUAUCUUUUACAUGAACGAUACGUCACGUGCCGCAGUGAGGAUGUGCGAGACUAUCAAUCAGGUCGCCGGGAGACAAAUCUGCGCAUAUACGUUCGAUGCCGGGCCGAAUGCUGUUGUGUACUACCUUGCGGAAGACGAGGGAAGGGUUGCGGGCGCUUUCAAGUCGAUGUUAGGUGAUCUGACUGGGUGGACGGAAGGUGUGAAGGCGACGGAUGUGUCGGCGGGGAUGGAGCAUGUGGCGGAGAUGCUCAAGAAGGGCAUUAGUAGGGUCAUCUCAACGAGUGUGGGAGAUGGACCGAGGAAGACUGAGGAGCAUCUGUGCUGA